AUGCUCCGGCUGCUUCGGAUGGCUUUGUGCCGAUGCGCUGUGGUCCUCGGAACCCUAGCUAUACUCGCCGCGCUUUGCGCGAUGACUCCUCUGACAGAGGUGACCAAAAAUCCCCAAAGGGGAGAGAGUCAAGAUAGCACGCAAAAGAAUCACGAGAUUCUGAAUUCACCGGUUCCCUGCAAGGGGCCUCGGCUUAUCGUUCAUGUCGGACCCCACAAGACGGGCACGACGGCUCUUCAGGAGUUCCUGAUGAACAACAGAGGAUGGCUUCGCAAGAAGUGGGGCGUGGCUGUGGGAUACACCGGUGGCCCAAAGAAUGCUGCGUACAGCAUGGCCAUCCCCCUGCACAACCACGUCGCGAACUCUUCCAGGCUGAACUUCUCGGCGCUGCCAGCGACGAUCAGGGAGGCAUUCGAGUUUCUGGAGUCCGCGGUGAACUCCUCAGAGGUGGUGGUCUUGUCCAGCGAGGCGUUCUCGACGUUUACCAACGAAACGUGGGGGCUUUUCCGGUCUCAGCUGGUCACAAAAAGCUGCUUGUCUGCGGUGGUUCUCCAUCGGGAUGCUCCUCGCUGGAUUGCGGCUGUUUGGUCACAGAAGAACAAGCGAACCAGUAACCCGACGGCCUUGCCAUCGGAGUUUGCCAAGCUUGGAAAUCGGACGCCAGAUGCUCAUGGAGAUUCUGAUCCCCAGAUGCAGCUGCUAAACACACUGAAGGAGAGUUUUCCACAUGUGGCGGCUGCCUCUUACGACUACCUGUCUGAGGUGAACUGUAGCGUUGCUGCUUUCCUGGUAUGCAAUGUCAGUCUUGGAUUGACGGGCCGAGAGUGGGCGCGUUGCCGGGACUUAGCAAACGACCGUUCGACAACACGCUCGAACAAGUCUCCGCCUCAUGCAGCGAUUGACGUUGUGCGACUAGCUCGGACAUUUUACCAGUUGAAGCUGGCGGCACGAAGGAGCCCAAAAGAGUGCCAGCCCUGGCCCAGCUUGAACGUCAGCAGCGCGCAAGAGCAGAAUGCUCACCCAGAGACGACCGCUACUGCCCGGAACCCACUGGCCGCCGAGUUGGCCCGGGAAAUCCCCUGGAAGUGCGAACGACUGGAUGGCCUGUUCCGAAGCGAGACGGAGCGAUGGUUCGCGACGAGCGGGGCAGAGAAGCCGAGGUCGAAGUCGCGACUCGGCGCUUGA